CGGCCGGUUAUACGAUACGACUUUCCUUGUUAUUUCUCCUAGCCCAGCUGUUUCGACAUUUCCAUCUUCUAUCUAGAAAUGUCUAUAGUUCUGAAGCAGAGGCAUUCACUGUUGGGCAAGAAUUUGCUACCCUUAGCAUUGAGGUUAAAGGAUUUGGCCACAGAUAUUCAGGACGAGAGGGAAUUGGCAAGAUUGAAGAAGGAACAUCCCCUCACUAGAUAUUCCUUAGAAGAAUUAGAGACUGAAUUCAAAAGCCUCACGGGGGAAGAAGCGAAGGAGUUGUUGAGUCUACUUGGAAAGCAACGGGAUAUCGAUAACGUUCGGAUGCAUGUUGCUAUCUGCAUGGCAAAUGAUGUUGGGGCUCCUAAGUCAACCCCAAUUGCUAGGUCAUCUAUUCUGGUAGAACCUGGUUCACGUCCCUCGACGUCUCAGUCUGUAGAAUCUCGGGAGGGAGAAGUGUCUAAAGAGUCAAAGGAUAGAAGAAAAAGGAUGACAUUGAGACAAGACUUGGAAAAAAUGGAAUCAGCUAUGAAGGAAGUGACAGGGAAUACAGAUAAAGAGGUGAACCUGGCAUUAAAGAACAUUUCUAUUUUGGCAAGCAGGCCUAAGUUGACAGCCCCUGCAGUUAUGUUAGCUGCGGUUGAAUCAUUAGUCGAUAUUGCAAUUUCCUCUGGUCAUAAAGAGGCAGAUUUUUAUGCGAAGGCUUUGCAAACUUGUAGGAAAUUUGAAAAUAAUCCUGAUAUUUUCGGUUUGUGUCAACGUUUGUUUGGAACAGCAGAUGAUAAGAAAAUUUCUUCUGUUGUGGCGGAAUGGUCAAAAAAUAAAAAGUAUAUAGACGAGAAUAAAGAAUCAAAGGAAAAUGUAAAUUCAAUGUCUUCUGCAAGUUUCGCAGGUCCUCAUGGGUCUAAUUUUGUACCCGGUAGUCCAAAUUUUCCGUUUUGGCAAUCUCCCAUGGGAGCUUGGCAAGGUAUGCCUAUGUAUGGGCCAAUGCCGGCUAGGUUUCCUAAACACAGAUCUUGUGUUGGUGGUGCAUGUUAUUAUUGUAAACGCCCAGGCCAUAUGAUGGCCAAGUGCCCAAAGUUGAUGAAAGAGAAGGAUAAUUUAGAAACAUUACGAGAUGUUCCAAGACUAAUCCAAAAAGAUGGUUACAUGACAUCCAAAGAUGAUAAGUCGGGCUAUGAUCAUGUGUUGUUAAGAAUGAUUGCAACAGGAUAUUGUAGGCAGUUGGGUGUUCCAAUUUCACAGUACAUAGAUGACAGGUUGAUAGUUCAGUGUCUGAAGCACUUAGGAUUUUUGGUUGAUUCCAUUAAACAGGCAUUCAUUUUGCCUAAGGAUAAAAUCAAGAAGUUUUCAGAGUUGAGGGAGUAUUUGCUAUCGUGUAGGAAACUUGAGGUGUGGGAGGUUGUUCAAGAGAAAUUUGGUCCCCAUCCAGUUGACUUAAUGUCCUUAGAUUCAAAUGUGAUGAAAGAUGAAUUUGGGAAACCACUUAAACAUUUCACACCAUAUCCUACACCCUUUUCAGCAGGAGUGAAUGUUUUUUCUCAGAGGUUAGAAAAUGAAGAGAACCCUUAUGUUUUUCCCCCAUUUGGACUCAUUUUCCUAUUAUUGAAAUUUUUGAAGUCCUCUGGGGUUAGGAUCUUGACAAUUGGAGAUUCUCAGAGAAAUAAUUGGCAGAUUUCUGAAAUGGAUAGAAGAUUCAGGUAUCUGAAUUCAUUAGUGGAUGAUACUAAGUACGGGAAACAAAAAUCUUCUUUAGAAAAGGAGUUCGGAAAUUUUUUAAGUGAAUUUUCUGACAUUAAGAUGUUAGAUUCAUCACCAGAAGAUAUUUGUAGAUUCCUAAUAUAUAAAGAUAAGGGAGGGAAGACAAAAGUGCAUGAAAUAAAUUGCAGCUUUGUGGGUGAAAAGUUUGGUGAGUGUGGAUGCCCUUGUAGGUUAUCGGCAGGUAGUGUUCAGUCUAUUUUGGGUAAAUUAUCAAAAUUAUUCGAAGCGUAUGGUAGGGGUAAGCAGUGGGACCCAAAAUCUAGUUCUGGUAAUCCUGUUGGUAGUUUACAAGUCAGAAAGUAUGUGAAAGCUAUUCAGAAAGAACAAGCUCAAUCUCAUGUUAGGGUUAAGCAAGCAAAGCCAAUUUUUAUUGGGAAGUUAAGGAAAAUUGUUAUGUACAUUGAGGAACAGUUGAAGUUAGCAAGUGCUAAUGUAGAUAAGUUUGUAUUUCUUAGGGAUAAGGCAUUCUUCUUACUCCAGUUCUUUGCAGGUGACAGGGCAAAUUACUUGGGUCAGGUCCUUAUUCAGGAAAUAAAAGCUUUAUCAGGUAAUGCAGGACUUUUAUUUUGCCACACAGUAGGGAAAACUUUGAGUAAUGGGAGAGAUAAUAUUUUCGCAGUUCAAAGAGUUGAGGAUUUGAUGAUUUGUCCAGUUCAUGCAGUUGAAGCUUAUGUCUGUGCAGCAGAGCUUAUGGGGUUAAACAUGAGUUCAGGGUAUUUAUUCAGACCAUUGGGAAAGAAUAGGUUGUCAGUUUUGGAUGGUUGUUUGUCAUAUUCAGUAGUAUAUGAAAGAUUAAAGUUCUAUUUACAAAGAUUGAAUAUUGAUGAGGGAGAACCCCCCCACAGCUUGAGAAGAGGUUGUGCAGUGACCCUUUCACUUUCUGGUUCAGCGGAGGUUGAGAAAAGCAUUAUGGGUCACAUAGGAUGGUUUUCUAGCCGAAGUCUUGAUAGAUAUAGUGAAAUGAAGAAUUUGGUUGAUGUUGGUUGUUUCCAAUUUAUUUGCACAAGUACCAAGUAUUCAAGGAAUAGAAAAUGUUUAUAA